AUUUGAUAAGUAUGAUUAGAUCUUUUAAGUAAUACACCUAGGAGACCAGCAAACGAUUGUUGAGCCCUUUAUAAAGCAGUCAUUUCGGAUACAGUCCAGAGCCUAAUCUAAUAUCAAAGCCAUAAACACAUAUUGCGAGGAAAUCAAGUCUUAUAGAUUUGAGGUAGUUUGAGGAGAAAAAAUUUCAACUGCCUAGACAUAAGGAGAACAAUGUAAUCAGGAAGCCUGUGACGUCUGAUCCAAUGUCUAGUAAGAAGAUAUUGCAGAUAGUAAAAGAGGCUCAAUAAUAAUUAUAUUCAUCUCAAUAACCAAGAACUUAAUAAUAAGUGCAAUAGCAAAAGCAGAUCAGAGUUAUAACCUUAGAGAAUUAAAUCGAGGGUCUAAAUUUUACUUUUGCUCAAAAUUUCUCGAAUAAGAAGGAAAUCAUGAAGGAGUUUUCGGCACACAGCUUAAAAAAGAGGUUUUUUGCUUGAUUCAUAUAUAUUAUAUCAAC